AUGCUUGUGUUUCUUCUUUCCUCAAUAAAGAGCUCCCUGGCCCUUUCUCUGACCCUAACGGGCCCUCGGAUAUCGUAUUUCUGGAAUGUCUCUAUUCGGCUGGGUGCAGCUGUAUGGGACAAAAGAAGAAAUCUUUGUGCUAUCCCCGGGAAGAUUUGUAGAUUUCGGUAUAGGAGUACCUAG